GAUCGCUGCUGCCUCCCGCCGUCGCGUUCCAUGUCGAAACGCAGCGCGACGAGCACGCCGGCCGGAGACGCACGAGAGGCAGCAGCAGCAGGCGCGUCGUGAGUUCGUGGCUGCUCGCGGCCCCGCGGCCAGCAACCCAGGCGCACCAUGCUGGUUCCGUCGGACAUGAUGGGCGCCCAGUCCAAGCUACUGUACCAGCUGAACAAGUUCUACGGCGAGCGCGUGCAGACGCGCAAGGCGGGCGUCGCCAAGACGCUGCGCGAGGUGUGCCGCGUCGUGCAGGACGUGCUCAAGGAGGUCGAGGUGCAGGAGCCGCGAUUCAUCUCGUCGCUGAACGACUGCAACGGCCACUUCGAGGGCAUGGAGGUAAUAUCGCCCACCGAGUUCGAGGCCGUGCUCUACCUGAACCAGAUGGGCGUGUUCAACUUCGUGGACGACGGCACGCUGCCCGGCUGCGCCGUGCUCAAGCUGAGCGACGGCCGCAAGCGCUCCAUGUCGCUCUGGGUGGAGUUCAUCACCGCCUCCGGCUACCUCUCGGCGCGCAAGAUCCGCUCGCGGUUCCAGACGCUCGUGGCGCAGGCGUGCGACAAGUGCAGCUACCGCGACAGCGUCAAGAUGCUGGCCGACACGAGCGAGGUGCGGCUGCGGAUCCGCGAGCGCUACGUGGUCCAGAUCACGCCGGCAUUCCGCUGCGCGGGACUCUGGCCGCGGUCGGCGGCCCACUGGCCCGUGGCGCACAUCCCGUGGCCGAACCCGAACCUGGUGGCCGAGGUGAAGGCCGAAGGGUUCGACCUGCUCUCCAAGGAGUGCGCCACCCUACAGGGCAAGCAGUCGUCCAUGGAGGGCGACGCGUGGGUGCUCUGCUUCCUCGACGCCGAGAACAGGCUCCUGUCCGGCGGCUGCCGCCGGCGCUGCCUGAGCGUGCUCAAGACUCUGCGCGACCGGCACCUGGACCUGCCGGGAAACCCGGUGUCCGCGUACCACCUCAAGACGCUGCUGCUCUACGAGUGCGAGAAGCACCCGCGCGAACUCGAGUGGGAUGACGCGUGCCUCGGCGACCGGCUCAACGGCAUCCUGCUGCAGCUCAUCUCGUGCCUGCAGUGCCGCCGCUGCCCGCACUACUUCCUGCCCCACCUGGACCUCUUCAAGGGAAAGUCGGCCGGGGCGCUGGAGAACGCGGCCAAGCAGACGUGGAGGCUCACGCGCGAGCUGCUCACGAAUCCCAGGUCGCUGGAGAAGCUCUGAACUGAAGACGCUGCUAAUAUAAAGUGUGUACAUUCAGGCGGCGCCGCAUAGGGCCGUCGAAUGAAGAGCCUGUGAUCGUGCAACCCACCACUCCCCUGGUCAGCGCGCUCCCCACGGUGCGCCACUCGGGACAUGUAUCCAACCUGCCGGACGCAGUGGUCCCCGACCGGUUUCGCGUUCUCAGACCCCAGCGCGGUGUCCGUGUGUCCCGGAGUGCGAUGACCAUACGGUUUCGUGUUGUUCAACGCAGUGUCUCCGCGUGUCCGCGGGUGGGCCAUUAAAAUGGAACGGUGGCCGUAGCGCGGCGCCAAGCAGCGCUGUGUGCGUGUGCUCCCCACCUCGCGACCAGCGAAACGGCAACGAAUGGACCAAGACGACUGCAGGAAGGACAUCGCGCUCUGUUCCAACCUUCAGAGUAGUCGCUCCGCACGCCCGCUGUAGGUAUUUAUUGUCGAAGUCGCAUCCCUGUGCUAUAUAGAUGCAUGUAUAAACGUGGUCUCUCACCAGGCUAGUCCCGAUAAGGCUCGAUAGUUUUACCAUGGUCACCGAGAGAGGCCGCAUGUGUAUACGCUGACUGUCUGUGUGUGACAUUUCUGAGCUGUCCUCGAUUUAUACUUUUCGAAGAGUGUCGUUCUUAGCAAAAAUAAACGCAAGGACGAUGCCAUGCAAUAGACGAGUCACUGCAGUGGGAUAUGUCCUUAAUGAUGUUAUACGACAGAUGUUAGCGACCGGACAGACUACGCAAGCACUGAAAAAAAUCAAGAGUGAAUCUAACAUUUAGUUUUAAACGAAUAAUAGCAUUGUCGUAGGCCGAAAUAUAUGAUGUAAUUUAUUCUAUCCAGCCUUGUAAUACUCUAGGGAUAACUGCUGUUCCAGAAACAAUUUGAUGUGAAAAUUCCUAUAGUUCGUAUACGCGCAGAAGGCAUGCACGUGCUAUAGCUCAGUGUAACGUUGAACCUAUUCUACAUUGCAGAAAAACUACUUAGAGGGCAAUGCAGAAAAAUAUACUAAUUUGUAUUCACCUUAAGUACAUCACCAGAAGAAACAAAACGUGCUUUUAGUCUACCGUGCAGAAAUCGGCAACGAAAAAUGUUGGCCUUUCACUUACGGCGAAACAAGAGCGAGACUGCAGCAGCAACUGUGGCUGCCACGCAUCAUUACACUUACAUCUGUCGUAGCAGUGCGCUGUAUAGAUAUACCGUCUAAACAAUAUGUAGUUCAACACCUGAGGCUAUAGCUUGGCAUGUUUACACCUGAUACCGGUCAAUCGUUUAUCACUUGGCUUGUCCCGGCCGUCGACCUAUACAAGCUGCCGAGAGCCUGUCAGUCAGCCACAGUCUAACAUACUCAGAGCCCGUGUACUUAUACCAACACUGUCGGGAUAUAUAUAUAUAUAUAUAUAUAUAUAUAUAUAUAUACAGCCGCUUCGCGACAUGACAGCGUCAUAUAUGGGAAUGGAAAAUAGAACAGUGCGUCGCAGGCAUGAAGCUCACGCGACAACCCUCCAAUUUAGAUGUGUCAUUGUGAUGCGUAUAUAGCAUGUGCAACACGCAAGACGUGGCAGCUCCCUCAUCUAUACAACAGCGAAGACUAAUUUUCGUUGAACAAGAGGGACAAGGUGACUUCUUUCGUAUAUAUAUAUAUAUAUAUAUAUAUAUAUAUAUAUACAUACACACACACGUCUGGCAGGGUCAACCCUCUGAACGAGUUAAUUGUAACUGAAGGCUUGCAGCUUUAAAAUUGCCGUAUACAAUUAGCAUUUUGCGCUCGACCUACUUACGUCAAUUGCGCACUCAGGCGAAACUGCUUCGCAUGCGGGUGAACAAUGCAGCUGUUUUCCCGCUUAGCGAACUCUUUCGGAAGAAGCAAGCAUGCGAAUAUGUCGCGUCUCCUUAAGAACGAACAAUGAAUUCAUUACACAGGCUUCACAGAAUAACAAUAGUGGCGUCACAGCUUCUGGUUGAAAAAGCACAUUCUCAUUCAUCUUCUGUUACCUAUAUCCCUGUUCACCUUCAUGCCUGUUAUCGUUACUGCAGGAUGUACAGCCGCAUUCAUUGGUGCCAUGAUAUAUAGCUCAUUUAGCUAGAACGUGAAUAUUUUGUCCGACCACGUCUCUCUCUUGUCGUGCAAGCAUGCGUUCAGAGGCUAGGGAAAACAAAAGUGUGCAACAGCUUUUAUUCUUUGUUGUCUUUACAUGUGUUUGUCGUGUUGGCAUCUUUCAAAACUUGUUGUGAAGAAAAAAGAAAAGCGAGAAAAAGAAAUACUAUAUAACGAAAAAUAAAACUUGCUAGAAUACGAA